AUGCAGGAGUCGGAGGCCAGUGUGUGCCAGCUGCAGCCCAACAUCAUCUCCGUGCGCCUGUUUAAGCGCAAGGUGGGCGGCCUGGGCUUCCUGGUCAAGCAGAGGGUGUGCAAGCCGCCCGUCAUCGUCUCCGACCUCAUCCGAGGCGGGGCGGCCGAGGAGUGCGGCCUGGUGCAGGUGGGCGACAUCGUCCUGGCCGUCAACAACAAGCCCCUGGUGGAGCUGACGUACGAGCGCGCCCUGGAGACCCUGAAGAACGUGUCGGUGGAGAGCCACGCCGUGUUGAUCCUGCGGGGCCCCGAGGGCUUCACCACGCACCUGGAGACCACGCUGUCCGCCGACGGCCGCCAGCGCACCGUCCGGGUGACGCGGCCCGCCUGCCCGCCCUCCUCCAAGUCCUACGAGCACCGCUGCCCGGUGAGCCCCUCCGGCCUGCCGCCGCCGCCGACCAGGGACCCCCAGCUGAGGGCCAUCGAGAACCUGUCGGCCCCGGGCUCCCUCCCCGCCUCCAGGCUCCAGAGGGGGGGCGUCCAGGCGCUGAUCGGCGCCCAGGACCCGGCGCUGGUGCGGGGGGACGGCGGGCGCGCCUCCCUGCUGCUCAACGGCGUGGAGGGGAACAACGACCUGCUGAAGGAGAUUGAGCCCGUGCUGCGCCUCAUCAAGACCAGCAAGAAGGAGGUGAACGGGGAGGGGCAGAGGGGCGUGGAGCGCCGGGAUGCGGAGGUGCAGGUGGACAGGGACCUCGGUGUGGGAAACGGUGUGUGUGUCCAGCUGGCGUCUGAUCGGAGCAGGGAUCGGGAGGGGAACAAGGACAACAUGCCCGCGGCGCUCGGCAACCCCAACUGCAACACGCAAACGCCUCCCGCCCAGGGCAGUGUCUCCCCCGACAAGAACCUCCUGAACGGCAGCCCCAACAAAUGCCCCCGCUUCAUGAAGGUCAAGAACUGGGAGAGUGGCGUCGUCCACACAGACACCCUAUACCACAGCGCCGGCAAGGUGCCCAUCUGCUCGGAGCGCGUGUGUCUGGGCUCCCUCAUGACGCCCAUCCCCAGCCGCAAGCCCGACGAACCCAGGACCAAAGAAGAACUGCUGCCCCUGGCAACAGACUUCAUCGACCAGUACUUCACCUCCAUCAAGAGGUGCGGCUCCAAGGCCCACGAGGACCGCCUGGAGGAGAUGACGAGGGAGAUCGAGGCGUCGGGGACGUACCAGCUGAAGGACACGGAGUUGAUCUACGGGGCCAAGCACGCCUGGAGGAACGCUGCCCGCUGCGUGGGCAGGAUCCAGUGGUCCAAGCUACAGGUGUUUGACGCCAGGGACUGCACCACGGCCCACGGGAUGUACAACAACAUCUGCAACCACAUCAAGUAUGCCACCAACAAGGGCAACCUCAGGUCGGCCAUCACCAUCUUCCCUCAACGGAUGGACGGGAAGCAUGACUUCCGGGUGUGGAACAGUCAGCUGAUCCGCUACGCUGGCUACAAGCAGCCCGACGGCCAGAUCCUGGGGGACCCGGCCAAUGUGGAGUUUACCGAGAUCUGCAUGCAGCAGGGUUGGAAGGCCAGGAAGGGGCGCUUCGAUGUCCUACCUCUUCUCCUGCAGGCCAACGGCAACGACCCGGAGCUGUUCGAGCUUCCGGAGGACCUCACCCUAGAGGUGCAGAUCACACACCCCAAGUAUGAGUGGUUCAAGGACCUGGAUCUGAAGUGGUACGGCCUCCCCGCUGUCUCCAGCAUGCUGCUGGAGAUUGGGGGUCUGGAGUUCACCGCCUGCCCCUUCAGCGGCUGGUACAUGGGCACCGAGAUCGGCGUGAGAGACUUCUGUGACACCUCCCGCUACAACAUGCUGGAGGAAGUAGCGAACAGAAUGGCCUUGGACACCAAGAAGACGUCCUCGCUCUGGAAGGACCAGGCUCUCGUGGAGAUCAACAUAGCAGUUCUCUACAGCUUCCAGUCGUCCAAGGUGACCAUCGUGGACCACCACGCUGCCACAGAGUCCUUCAUCAAACACAUGGAGAACGAGGUGCGGGUGAGGGGGGGCUGCCCGGGGGACUGGGUCUGGAUCGUGCCCCCCAUGUCGGGCAGCAUCACCCCCGUGUUCCACCAGGAGAUGAUCAACUACCGCCUCACCCCUUCCUUCGAGUACCAGCCGGACCCCUGGCACAACCACGUGUGGAAAGCGGUGAACGGGACCCCCACCAAGAAGAGAACCAUCGGCUUCAAGAAGCUGGCCAAGGCGGUGAAGUUCUCAGCCAAGCUGAUGGGCCACGCGAUGGCAAAAAGAGUGAAAGCCACCAUACUGUACGCCACAGAGACGGGCAAGUCUCAGGACUACGCCAAGACCCUGUGCGAGAUCUUCAAGCACGCCUUCGACGCCAAGGUGAUGUCCAUGGAGGACUACGACAUGGUAGACCUAGAGCACGAGACGCUGGUCCUGGUCGUGACCAGCACCUUCGGCAACGGAGACCCCCCCGAGAACGGAGAGAAAUUUGGAGCAGCACUGAUGGAGAUGCGCCACCCUACAUCCAACAUGGAGGACAGGAAGAGCUACAAGGUGCGCUUCAAUAGCGUGUCCUCCUACUCAGACACCAGGAAGUCCUCCAGUGACGAGCCAGACAACAAGGCCAACUUUGAGAGCACGGGCCCUCUGGCCAACGUCAGGUUCUCAGUGUUUGGCCUUGGCUCCAGGGCCUACCCACACUUCUGUGCGUUUGCCCACGCUGUGGACACGCUGUUCGAGGAGCUGGGCGGGGAGCGAAUCCUGCGCAUGGGGGAGGGAGACGAGCUGUGUGGCCAGGAGGAGUCCUUCCGAACCUGGGCCAAGAGGGUGUUCAAGGCCGCCUGCGACGUGUUCUGCGUCGGCGACGACGUGAACAUCGAGAAGGCCAACGACUCCCUGAUCAGCAACGACCGCAGCUGGAAGCAGAGCAAGUUCCGCCUGAGCUACGUGGCGGAGGCCCCCGCGCUGACGGAGGCUCUCUACCACGUCCACAAGAAGAAGGUUUACGGAGCCAAGCUGCUGGAGAGCAAGAAUCUGCAGAGCCCCAUGUCUAAUCGCUCCACCAUACUCGUACGUCUCCACGCCAACAACCACGACAGCCUGAGAUACCAGCCUGGCGACCAUUUGGGCGUCUUCCCUGGCAACCACGAGAAACUGGUGACGGCACUCAUUGACAAACUGGAGGAUGCCCCACCGGCCAAUCAAAUCAUCAAGGUGGAGUUCCUCGAGGAGAGGAAUACAGCACUGGGUGUGAUCAGUAACUGGAACGAGGAGGUGAGGAUCCCUCCGUGCACCCUGUUCCAGCCUUCCAGUGCUUCCUGGGACAUCACCACGCCGCCCAGCCCGGUGCUACUCCAGCAGUUUGCAGCGCUGGCCAACGACAAACACAAGAAGAAGCUGGAGCUCCUCAGUAAGGGUCUGCAGGAGUAUGAGGAGUGGAAGUGGUACAACACCCCCACCCUGGUGGAAGUUCUGGAAGAGUUCCCCAUCCAGAUGGCCUCCACCCUGCUGCUGACCCAGCUUCCCCUUCUCCAGCCUCGCUACUACUCCAUCAGCUCCUCCCCCGACGCCCACCGGGAGAUCCACCUGACUGUGGCCGUUGUUUCCUACAGAGCCAGAGAUGGCUCAGGACCAGUUCACCAUGGUGUGUGCUCUUCGUGGCUCAGCCGGAUACAGAAGGACGCUGUGGUCCCCUGUUUCGUCCGAGGAGCGGCAACUUUCCGUCUGCCAAAGGACCACAGAGCUCCGUGUAUUCUGGUAGGGCCAGGCACCGGCAUCGCCCCCUUCAGAAGCUUCUGGCAGCAGAGACUGUUCGACUACGAACACAAAGGAGUGCAGUCCUGUCCCAUGACACUGGUGUUUGGCUGCCGGGAGUCCCAGAUCGACCACAUCUACAAGGAGGAGACCGUCCUAGCCAAGAACCAGGGGGCCUUCAAGGAGCUGUACACAGCCUACUCCAGGGAGCCAGGCAGACCAAAGAAGUACGUGCAGGAUGUGCUCCGUGAGCAGCUCUCGGAGACGGUGUACCGCUCCCUCAGGGAGCAGGGGGGCCACAUCUACGUGUGCGGGGACGUGACGAUGGCCGGGGACGUGUUGAAGACGGUGCAGCAAAUCAUCCGGCUGCAGGGGAACAUGACCCAGGAGGACGCUGGCUUCUACCUCAGCAAGCUCCGGGACGAGAACCGCUAUCACGAGGACAUCUUCGGGGUCACGCUGCGGACGUAUGAGGUCACCAAUCGUCUACGCUCCGAGUCCAUCGCCUACAUCGAGGAGAGCAAAAAAGACUCUGACGAAGUGUUCUGUUCAUAGGGCUGUGUGUGGGGCUUCCGGAUCGUUCCGCUGUGCAUCACUGGGGAGGACGCUGGAGGGAAACACAGCUGCUCCACAAUACUGUGCCAAUUUUUCUACUGUACUUCCUUCUUUUCCUUCUACUUUCCUUUUUUUUCCCCCACCCCCAUUCGUUCGUUCGGUUUGGACUUUUUAAUCACGGUUUCCGGUGGGUCUCUGCACGUCGUCCGUAGCGACUGUCAGACCGUUUCUUUCAUCAGUAUAUUUCAGAGAUGAUUUGCUUUUGUUCUGUCGAGCAAACGGAGAAAAAAAAAAAAAAGUAUUUUGUUCGUUUUUUCUUCGGUUACGUCUUCAUAAUGAUUCCCGACGUGGUGCCUGCUCAGUGACCUGCCUUCCUGUUAAUGCAUGAGCAAGACAAGAAUCUAGUAGAGCCGUAUUUACUCUGUGUCGUUUAAUGUGAAGAGCCAUCACCUUCUGCUAAGGUUGUACAUUUACGAGAACCCCCCCCCCCCCCCCCGCCCCUCCCGUUACGUUGUCGCCAAGCGACAGCUAGCUAACGACUCGCCGUCGAAUUCCGUCUGGGCAGCUUGCUGUUGUAUUCUCACUUCAUCAUGCUAGGGGGAGAGACACCACAAGAGAGAGACACAAGGGGAGGAGAGACUGAGCUACAGAGGGGGAGGAUGAA